UGCGAGGCGGCCCCGGCCCUCCCUCCUUGCUCCGAACGGGGCCGUGCCGAGCCGGGAGGGGCAGAGCCGAGCCGAGCCAAGAAGGGCAGAGCCGAGCCGGGAGGGGCAGAGCCGAGACGAGCUGAGCGGGGCAGAGCCGAGCCGAGCCGAGCGGCACCAUGCUGGGCAUGGUGAAGAACUCGCUGCUGAGCACGGUGGAGCCAUGGCCCUAUCGCCUGCUGGGCAAGGGCGAGAAGGAGCAGGUCAGCUACGAGGAGAGGGCGUGCGAGGGCGGGCGGUUUGCGGCGGUGGAGCUGGUGGGGAAGCCGUUCGACGAAGCCUCCAAGGAAGGGGCAGUCAAGCUCCUUAAGUACGUCGGAGGAAGCAACGACAGGGGGGUUGCAAUGGGCAUGACUGCYCCUGUCUCCAUCACUGCUUUUCCUGCUGAAGAUGGCUCCUUUCAGCAGAAUGUGAAGGUCUCUGUGCGGAUCCCAAGCAAGUUUCAAGACAACCCUCCUUCUCCUACAGAUGAAAGCAUUAAAAUUGAAGAAAGACAGGGGAUGACCAUUUAUUCCACGCAGUUUGGUGGCUAUGCCAAAGAGGCAGAUUAUGUGAACCAUGCUGCUAAGCUGAAGGCUGCUCUGGGGAGUGAGGCUGCAUACYGCAAGGAUUUCUACUUGUGCAAUGGUUAUGACCCCCCAAUGAAGCCUUACGGACGUCGCAAUGAGGUCUGGUUUGUGAAAGAGUGAACAUCUGGCACCCUGUGGUGCUGCCUUGCACUGAAAACCUCCCCACGCUAUUUCCCUGUCCUCUUUAAAAUAAACUAAUAAUUCAGCAGAGGCAAAAAAAU